AUGCGAGUGUCACAAGCUCAUAUCGCUGGCAUCGGAGUCACUGGAGGAUCCAAACAUACACGGACCCGAAUAGACAAACUUGCGAUUUCUGCUGCCACAAAGGCCCUCCUGGAUGCCGGUGUAACCUAUGGUUGUGUUGAUCUGACCGUCGCCAGCUUUCUGGACGAGACUCGAAUUCCUCCAAAAUGCUUGGACGCGUUCGGCAAGCACGGUGCGCCUGUGUGUCAGGUCGAUAAUACCCUUGGACUGUUCACUGCCGCACAAGCUGUGAAGUCGAAGCAGUCGGAAUGUGUGCUUCUCUUGAGCAUUGACACAGACGAGCAACGAUCGGAGGUUCGUGCAGCAUGACUUGUCAAGAGAACUGACAGAUGUACUGAUCUGGCACAGCUGUCAAUCGUCGGGAUGAUCUUGGUAUCGGAUCUCUUCUUGACAUCUCAUGCAUAUCUGAAAGAUGGCGCAGUGACGGUGUCCGGCUACUCGUCAACCAGCAGCAUAUAUUCACAAUCGCUCGGAGGCCCGGACUUCCCGCGAACGAUUAGGACCGCUGUCAAUGCAGCCUUGAGACAAGCUCGCAUAGAGCAAAGAGACAUUCAAGUCUUGGAAAUCCGGAACAGCUCUGAUUCGAAUACCAAACAGGCCCUAGAACAGUUCGAGGUUGCUCCACGAAUAUCGGAAGGCGUAAAACACACAUUUACUGGCACGACGGGUUCAUACGGUUUAUGCGGUCUUGUGUGGCAAUUGCGUGGCUGGGCCAACGAUCCACCCUCCAAGGCAUUGAAUUGCUUACAGAUUACGCUGAGUCUCGACGGAUCUGCGAAUGCCAUAGUCCUCUGCCGCGCCGAUGGUAGGUCGGCACUGACUUGGGAAGAAAUUCGCAAUGUCCGUGACGGUCGGGAACGUUUGGGCUAUAACCCUGCUGUUCAGACAAACGAGAUUACGCGCGAGGACUUGAUCAAUGUCAGCACGAAGAGACAUUUCGUUCCACUCGACAAUCACGGGGACACCCUCGAGCUGAGCGUCAAAGGCGGAGACCGAGCAGCAUUAGCUCGUCUAUAG